UCGUGAGUAUUUUGCUGAAGAAAGUUCCAUCGCGUUCCACGGACAGUCGCCAUCUUUGAGGACAAGAAGUCGGAAACAGAUUUCCAGAUUUUCUUCAAUAUAACCUUAAAACCACCAAUAUUCAUCUUAUCUUUGCAUUUCGCAGCUGUUUAUGAAGAUGCGCCACUCAAAGCGAAUGCGCUCCCCAUGUGUCUGGCUUGAUGAGUACAGCUGGGAAGAAAGAAUGGAGUGUCAUAAGCGGAGAAGACGAGAUUCACACAGCAGCGAAAGAGAAAAUAGAUCCAGAAGAACUCAUCGUUACCACAACAUGUAUGAGGGGCAUUAUUUGGAGGCCCGUAGUUUAAACCAGAGGCUGGAUUCUCAGGAACAGCACACUCUGGAUUGUAGCUGGGACAUGACCUGUGAAGACAACAGUCAUGAAGGCACCUACAAGGACAGAGACCGCGAUUGGCACCACUACAGCAAGUCUUCUGGGCAUAGUGGGCGCAGCAGGCGCAGCAGCCGCAGACCCAGAGAGAGAAGGCGCAGACGUAGCCCAUCUCAGAAUGGAUCCUCCUCGAGGAGGAGCCAUCACCGCAGGAGCAGGAAAAGAUCCAGGAGUGUUGAGGAUGAUGACGAGGGUCACCUCAUCUAUCACAGUGGAGACAUGCUGAGAGCGAGAUAUGAGAUUGUGUGCACUCUAGGAGAAGGUGCCUUUGGGAAAGUCGUCGAGUGCAUUGAUCACUCAAAUGACGGAGCUCGAGUGGCUCUGAAGAUUAUUAAAAAUAUAGACCGCUACCGAGAGGCAGCUUUGUCUGAGGUAGAGGUGCUUAAACAGUUGAACUCCCUGGAUACUGGCAGGAGAUAUGCUUGUGUGCAUAUGCUGGACUGGUUUGACUACCAUGGGCACAUUUGCAUUGCCUUUGAGCUCCUUGGCCUCAGCACAUAUGAUUUCCUGAAAGAAAACAACUUCCAACCUUUUCCUGUUAAACAAAUCAGGCAUAUGGCUUACCAGAUCAUUCAAGCUGUAAAAUUUCUGCACAGGAACAAGCUAACUCACACAGAUUUGAAGCCUGAAAAUAUUCUCUUCAUAGAUUCAGGCUAUGAUUUGGAAUACAACCGUGACAAGAGACGAGAUGAACGAACACUGAAGAACCCAGACGUGAAAAUUGUAGAUUUUGGUAACGCCACCUAUGAUCAUGAGCACCAUACUUCUGUAGUGUCAACACGUCACUAUCGUGCUCCUGAAGUCAUUUUAGACUUGGGCUGGGACCAUUCCUGUGAUGUCUGGAGUAUUGGCUGUAUACUGAUUGAGUAUUACCUCGGAACUACCCUCUUCCAGACACAUGACAGUAAAGAGCACCUUGCUAUGAUGGAGAGAGUCCUGGGCCCCAUCCCCAUUAAUCUUCUGGAGAAAACCAGGAAACGUCGCUAUGUUCACAGAAACAAGUUGGACUGGGAUGUUCACAGCUCUGCUGGUAGAUAUGUGAGGAAACAUUGCAAGCCACUCAAGCAUUACAUGUUGUCUAAAGGUGAAGACCACCGGCAACUUUUUGACCUGAUUGAGAAGCUGAUGGAGUACGACCCCACUAAACGCUUCAGUCUGGAGCAGGCCCUUCGACAUCCCUUCUUCUCCUGCUACUACAAGAGCAGCAGCAGCAGCAUUAGAAACAGCAACAGCAAAGACAUCAGCAGCCGAAGCAGCCGCAGUAGCAGCGGUGGUAGCAAAUGAGGCUGAACUCCUGAACCUUUAAACCUGUGACCUGUACCCUUAGUCAGGGCCAGCCUGUCACCAUGACAUUUAUCUUGUUGCGCAGUACCAGCAUCUACAUCCUGACUCUCCAGGAGAGUUGUACUUUGACUGUAUCAGUCACAGUCCUGCUUAACUGUGUCCUGUCCCCUGCACCAUGUCUUUUAUGAAGUUAUGUUUAAUACUUGUGCUUUGUUUUGAUGCAUUGAAUCCCUACCCUACAAGUUAUGGUCUAUUUAUUUGCAGUUUAAAUAGAAAUUGUAGCAUCUAGACAUUUCGGUGGAACUUUGCUUUUUAUCUGAAAGUACAGUUUGGUUUUUUUGUUUGGGUUCUCUGCAUUAAGUAGGCGAGUAACAUUGAGAAAAUCUUAAAUCCUUAAUUACUUUCACAAACGUUGUUUAGGAUUGUUCUAUUCAAGGUAUUGCAGGCAAAAAAUGUAUAUAUACUUUGUGUAGAUAUUUGUCUUUUUUCCACUGGUUAUGUAAAUUUUGCAUUAUGUCAAUAAACGUGACAA